AUGGCUAAAGCAUCCAAACAAACCAAAAAAUUUCAAAAUAAACAUUUAAAACAUACGAUUGAACAUCGUAAAAAAGUUCAAGAUUUUAAUAAAAAAGCAGCAUUAAGAAAAAAAGGUAAAGGAGAAGCACCAAUACGAAAAGAUGGGAAAUCAAAAGAGGUAUUUGAUGAUAUGUCAGUAGAUGAAUUUUUUGAAAGUGGAUUUGAAGUACCUAAGGAGAAGAAGAAGAAAAAAGUUGCAGAAGAAGAAGAAGAUUCAUCAUCUGAAGAGGAAGAUAUGGAAAUGAAUUUGGAGAAUUUAGAAGAAGAAGAUCCAGAGUUUUAUAAAUAUUUGAAGGAGAAUGAUAAUGAUUUGUUAGAGGGGGUUAAUCCAUUAGAUGCGAUAAGUGAUGAAGAAGAAGAAGAGGAAGAGGAGGAGGUGGCAGAACCAGAUGCUCCUCAAGAUCCCCACGAUAAAAUUGAAAUCACUACAAAACUUGUUAAAAAAUGGGACACUCAAUUACAAAAACCAACUCCUAAAAUUAUCCGAAACAUUAUAAUAGCUUUUAAAGCAGCUGUAAACAUCAACAAAGGAGAAGAUUAUAAAUAUAGUGUUGUUGAUCCAAAAGCAUUUACAGAACUUAUGUUAUUAGUAUUAAAGAAAAUACCCAUUGCAAUUCAAAAUUUAAUUAAAUAUAAAGUGAAAAACAAUGUUAGAACAGUACCUCAAAAUCCUCAAGCUACACAAAUUGGUUCCAUAUUAAAAUCUCAUGCAAGUUCAUAUAUUACUUUAUUAGAAGAUAUAAAUAAUACUGAAACAGCUGCAUUAAUUUUAGCUUCAAUUCAUGAAGUUAUGCCAUAUUAUAUAUCACAUCGUAGAUUAUUAAAACAAAUCAUAUCAGCAAUUACAAAUGUUUGGGCAAGUUCAAAUAUAAUAGAUAUACAAAUUGCUUCAUUUGCAUUUAUAAAUAACAUCGUCAGAGAAUAUCCAAAAUCUUUAUUAGAAACUGUUCUUAAACAAUCAUAUCAAUCAUUUUUACAACAUUGUCGUAAAACAAAUAUUCAUACAAUGGAUAGAAUUAAUUUUUGUAAAAAUUCAUUAGCUGAAUUAUUUGGAAUUGAUUCAACUAUAGGUUAUCAAACUGGAUUUGAAUAUGUUAGACAAUUAGCUAUACAUUUAAGAAAUAGUAUAAAUGGAAAAGGAGCAGCAGCCAUUUAUAAUUGGCAAUAUUGUCAUUCAUUAGAUUUUUGGUCAAGAGUUUUAGCACUUAACGAAGGACUUAAUCAAUUAAUUUAUCCAUUAGUUCAAGUUACAAUUGGAACUAUUAGAUUAAUACCGACUGCACAAUUUUUCCCAUUAAGAUUUUAUUUAAUUAGAUCAUUAUUAAGAUUAAAAACAGUUUAUAUUCCCAUAUUCCCAUUACUUUUUGAAAUUUUAUCAUCAACAGCUAUAACUAAAUCUCCAAAACCUUCAAAUAAUAAUUUACAAUUUGUUGAUUUUGAACAUAAUAUUAAAGUUAAUCAAGCUUAUUUAGGUACAAAAAUUUUUCAAGAUGGUAUAUGUGAACAAUUUAUUGAAUUAACUUUUGAAUUUUUUGGUGUGUAUGCUAAAAAUAUUGCAUUUCCUGAGUUAGUUACACCUGCAGUACUUUCAUUAAAGAGAUUCACAAAGAAAUCAAAAAAUGCUAAAUUUAAUAAACAAUUAAAUCAAUUAAUUGAAAAAUUAAAUGCAAAUGCUCAAUUUAUUAAUAGUAAAAGAUCAAAUGUUGAAUAUGGUCCUUCAAAUAAACAAGAAGUUUCAAAUUUUUUGAAAGAAUUUGAAUGGGAAAAAACUCCAUUAGGUCAAUAUAUAAUUGUUCAAAGACAAUUGAAGGAGGAGAGAAUUAAGUUGUUGAAGCAAGCACAAGAAGAUGCAAAGGAGAAAGAGGGUAAGGAUCAAGAAGAUUAG